AUAGCGUUUGAGCACAUUUGUAUAUUCCACGCUGUCUGUGAUGCAUGGCGUUUGAGUGUAGAAGUGUGAGUGUGACGUGAAGUAUCCGGUAUUUUGGUGUCUGGAUUACUACAACAAUGGGUGCACAAAGAAAUUUGACAAUGGCUUUCUAUUUAUUUCUGCUGGCCCUUCUUGGGUGUGGUUCGUGUCUGAAGAAAUCAGAUUGCGAAGUGUGUGUGACAGUAAUGGAAAAAUUUAGCGGUCAGCUAAGCGAUGAUGUAAGAUCUAAGCCAACAUUGAUUGAAGAUGAAUUUAGAAAAUUCUGCAAAGCUACGAAAGGAAAAGAGAACAGAUUUUGUUACUAUUUGGGUGGUCUCGAGGAGUCUGCAACUGGAAUACUGGGAGAAAUGUCCAAGCCAGUGUCGUGGUCAAUGCCAGCUGAAAAAGUGUGUGAAAAAUUGAAGAAAAAAGAUUCACAGAUUUGCGAUUUACGCUAUGAUAAGACCAUUGACUUAAAAACAGUGGACCUCAAGAAACUGAAAGUGCGUGACCUGAAGAAAAUUCUCAGUGACUGGGAUGAGACCUGCGAAGGAUGUAUAGAAAAAACAGAUUUCAUCAAGAGGAUAGAGGAGCUUAAACCCCAGUAUCUCCGCCAGGAACUUUAAUUAUUAAACCUGUUUUUCCUCAGGUGGAUCUGAUUUAAUUGUUUUAUACAAAAAAUUAUGUUAAGACAUUUUGUGCUGGCUAUAUUUUAGGCAGCAUUAUCCAUUGGUUCCAUAAAGAUAAACUGAAUGAAACAGCAAAUACCUUAAGAAAGGAAAUGUGCUGAGCCUGGAGAGAUGAUGUGUAUGUAACUUAUCGCAGUAUGUAUGUGUGUGCUUAAAUGACAUGAAGGACCUUUUGUUAGACUCAUUAUUUCUGAACGCCAGAUAUUUGCAUUUGUUUACCAAAGAUAGAAUUCCUAACUGUGCAGCAGAUGUUUAAAGUUUCUCUCUGCCUUAUAGUUAAUUGCAGAUUAUUUGUAAGGGAGAUAUGUUUUUGUCAGUGACUUUCAUUUAAAAGAAUGUAUUAAGUACUUAACUCUCAUAUUGAUACAUUGAUAUUUUUUUUCCUGUUGAGAAGUUUCAUGCAACACAUUUUCUAAAAUGCCAUCUUUGUAAAGGAUGCACUUUUUUGUUUUGUUAAUUCAUUGCACAGUGAUGGAAUAA